CGUCGCGUACGAAACUCAUCAAGUGUAAAGCACAGUUUCAAGGCAGCAGGACAUUGAGGCAAUUUUCAAAGACAUUUCGUUGUGUUUCCGGUUGCACUAAGUGCGUGUGUGUGUAUUGAAUGAAACGCUUGUGUGAUCCAAAAUAUGUGAACCACCAGUGAAAUGCGCGCAGAGUAAACAUAAUCAACAACAAAAAUACACACAUUAAACAAGAAAAGCCAACGUGCAAAGUGCAACACAGUGCAGUUAAAGGAUCAUAGCAUCAUAACAGAACAGAUAAUCGAAAUUUAUACAAAUUUUAUUACACAGUUCUUAGCACCGGGAUGAGGCGUAACAGCUGCCUAAUUUUACUCUCCUUAUUGCUGUCCGUGCUCAGUGCGAGUGUGAAUGCUUUUCAUAUCAUCGCUUUGAAUCGCCAAUACGAGUAUGAGUACGUCGGUACGGUGGCAGUGGGUGCCAAGGCACCACAAGAAGAUGAACAUCCGGCUCCGCCAACUUCCGGUUGGAUUGUGCGCGGCAAGUUGACACUACAACGACAGACGGCAAAUGUUUUAGCCGCAGCGCUCGUCAUCGAUGAUAUAACACUGAAUAAUUCUGGUGAAAAGUUCCUACAAAAUAAGGAAAUGUACCCACCCUACAAACCAUUUAAAAUCGUACUCACGCCCGAUGGCACAAUCUCACAUCUCUUCUUCAAGGAAGCAGAUCCAAUUUGGUCGACCAAUUUCAAGCGUGCCAUUGCAUCUAUAAUGCAAUUUCAAGUGGAGACUAGUGGUGCUUUUGUCGUAGAUGAGAUUGGCAUACAUGGCAAAUGUUCGACAGAGUAUUUCGUCUCGAAUAAGACUAAUUAUAUUUCCAUACGCAAAACGCCGGAAUUGAAGACUUGCACACCCUUCUCAGAAGCCAUUCACGUCACACGCAGUAAUGUACCCUCCAAUACGUGUGAGUUCGACUUUCAAAAGAACGUCAUUAUUGGUAAUGAAGCCAUUUAUGGCAUGUUGCCACAUCCGGUGACUGGUUACUUCCUCAGCAUGGCGCAUGUCAAGGGCACAACUUUGAUACACACUUUUGAGUCAACAGGAGAGGCGCAAUAUAUAAACUCAGAACUUUUACUGAAUUUUCUGAACGAAACCUCCAUCGAUAAUCCCAUAGACAUUGAGACAUCCAUGUGUUCCGAGGUGUCUGGCCUUGAACUGUUACCCGUCGAACUUAACGAUCCUACGGGUGGACGCAAUCCACAAUUACAAGAAUCUCUAAUAACCGCAGCUUCCAGUAUGCUUAAUAGACUUGCGGAAGGUCUAGAAGAUGCCGAACUACAAUUUGGUGAACCUUAUGAUACUGCCGUUUCCGAUUUGAUAAAAGUAUUGUCAGAAAUGGAUUAUGAUUCCUUAAAGAAGCUGUAUAGAGAUGUAGAUAUCGGUACUUCGUAUCGACAGGAGACAAUACGAAAUAUAUUUAAUGAGAUUAUACCACGUAUCGGUACAAAAGCUUCGGUAUAUUUAACGAGAGACUUAGUGUUGGAAAAGGAUCUUAAGUCUACUAUUGCGGUACAGCUACUGAUUUCCAUACCUUUCCAUAUAUUUGAGCUAUCUAUCGAUUUGGUAAAGGAAUGUGAAGUAUUUCUAACAUUGGGACCUGAUAGACCAGACGUACACCAAGCAGCUAUUUUGAGUUUCGCUACCCUAGUACAUAACGUCUUCAUGGCUGGACGCAUCAAUAAGGAUGUAUUCGAGGAAUAUGUGCAAAAAUAUUUCAAUCUCUAUUUGAAUAGCAACGAUUAUGAGCAAAAAAUGCUAUAUCUACAAGGUCUGAGCAAUCUGCAAGUGGGCAAUGUGGCCAACUAUCUGGAUCCCAUUGUUAGCGAUCCAAAUGAAAAUGAGGAUAUCAAAUUUUUGGCCGCUUGGGUGACACUCUCCCUGGCUACAGAGCGCGCAGAACGGAUCUAUGAAAUCUAUUGGCCAAUUUUCGAAUCGCGUAAUGCCAGCUUGGAGUUACGUGUUGCCGCUGUUACGCUCCUGCUAAUUUCAAAUCCCACAGCAGCACGUCUUAUCAGUAUUCAUCGCAUUAUACAAAGUGAAACCGAUCCGCAUAUGAUUAAUUAUUAUCGUACAACCAUCACCAGCAUAUCCGAAACAACGUACCCUUGUUAUCAACAUCUGCGCCGCCUGCUCUCGUAUAUGCAUCGACAUUUACCACAAAAGCCCGAACCACGCUACUGGGUCACCGGCAACUAUAUAUUCGAUUAUCGUGAUUCGAAAUUCGGUAUUGGUGCAAUGUUGCAAGCGUUUUUGGUUGGCGACUCGAAGUCAGACUUACCUGUAGUUGCUUAUUUUAAAUUCGAUACAGAAGCGCUGGGAAAGUUUACCGGACAAUUGGCGUUAUACAUCAAGGCACGCGGUCUACCAGAUGCAAUUUUCCACAAAUUUCUCAAAAAUGCUGCGAAUCCACUGAAAUUCGAACACAUCAAGGAAUUACUACAUGCGAUGAAUGCGCCAAUUAUACAGUCGAAACCACUGCAUCUUGAGUUCAUUCUACAAAUGGAAGGCAAGACGGUGUUGUCUUAUUACCUAAAUCAGAAAACUUUCCAAAAACUAACCUAUACUGACCUUAUUAACCGCGUGAGUUUCAUUAUACGCGCCGAUAGUCACAUCAAUAUGCAAACGGUACGUUGGCCAUUCAUGGCCAAAUAUUCAGUACCUACAGUUUUGGGUACCGCUUCAGACGUCUUACUGCAAACCACAGUGCUUACUUCACUGCGUGGCAACAUUACGCAACAUCAAGCCAAUGAUGUAAUGAAGUCCGCACUGGAGAUUGAUGCACGUUACUCGUCGUAUGCGUCGUGCCGUAGUCGUAGUUACAAUCCGUUCUUAAAUCUGGAUCAUGAGAUUAAUCGCGAACAAGGUUUUCUCAUUUAUGUGCCAUUCAAUACCGAUUUAAAUCUGAAUAUUACUAGCAAAUGUCUGCGUUACUCCUUCCAGCGUCCAGAGAAUAUGACCAGUGGGCUCUCAUUCAAAUCGCGUUCGAUUACAUCAACUCGUGGCCAAAUAACAAAAGCCACGGCACCAUUCGAGGAGAUCAUGUAUCCGGAUCGGCUGGUUGAUGUGUUCCAACUAUUCAAGUAUGACACGGAGGAUCUGGGUAUUUCGAUGUCCAUAAAAACGAAUCUUAAUGAACUGAAUAAAUAUCGUGGCAUGCUGCUUAAGUCCGAGUUUAUGGAAAAUGGCUUCUCACGUAAUGUGGUCAUCAAUUUCUUGAUGUAUGUUUUUGGUGUGGCCCAGUUGAGUUCAAUACAUUUGGGCUAUGAUCGAAACUUUACAAUGCUCGUACAGAACGAGAAACCAACAAAGAUCGAUGGCUCAAUUUGCAAACAAGAUCUCUUAAAUACGGCUGAGAAGAUUGGUCAACAAUUUAGUUUAACUAUGGAGCACUCGAGUAAUUUGAACGUUAAUGAAGCUUUACAUAGUUGGAAUAUUACAAUGGAUGUUUAUUCCUCAACCAAAAACAACUGGUUCAAUGUUAUUGGCAAUUUGGAACGUACAUCGAAAAUCGACACGCGUGACUGGAAGGCAGAAAUCAAUGCAACCUAUGCACCACUCGUAUUCACGAAGCGACCGCAUACCUUCAAUCUAGAUGUGGAAUUCGGCAACGCCAGCAGAACGAACGAAAAUCCGCACAAUACUUCAAAAGUGCAUUUCUCCGGCAGGGCAGGCCCUUCGGAUUAUGCGCGCGAUUUCUUACUCUCAGACAAUCCACUCACCGACACCGACUUUUGUCCGAAGGAAGUACUCAAAUUCAGCCCUAUACCCACCUCGAAAUAUUGUAAGCGUAGUAAUUUUGAGAACUUCACAUCGAUCACCAAAUAUGAUAUGGAUUUGAAAUUCGAUAAUAUGCCUGCAUGGUUUGAUUUAUGGUCUACGCGUUUGGACCACUUCGUCUCAGCCUUGUCUGAGAAAAAGGUGGAGAGUCUUAAUUUGGAUGAGGAAAUUAAUUUCUCACUUCAUGCACCCAACGACCAUUUCUGGCUGACGGUGGAAGUGAACGGUGUGCAUUGGCGUAUUUAUCAUAUACCAUUUUUGCAGAAAUUGGACUCCAAAUAUGAUGCCUCACAUGAGAUAUCCUAUGAUUCGGGACUCAAACGCUCCUGCUCGGUAAUAAAUGGCAUGAUUAACACCUUCGAUGACUACCUAAUCAACCUGAGCGAAUUCACCAAAGUAACCGUGGCGAAACACUGUCAAACACUAUUGGCCGCCGACUGUUCGGUGUUGCCAGAGAUGGCCAUAUUUUUAUUGCCCUCACCGGAGAAUGGUUUAAGUGCAAAUUACGGUUUACGUGUUUAUAUUGGACAGAAUUACUUCACUUUCCGGCCGGUAGAUAAUCAUACGAAACUACAAGAUGAUGCGCCCAUAUACAUAACGGUUAACAGUAAUGAGACGUUGAUCAAUUUGCGCGAUAAGCCAUACAGAUAUCCGGAGGAUGUGAGCGAUUAUGAUUUUCACGUGGAAUUGACCGAACAUAAUAUACUGAUCGUGGAGAAUGCGCAAAUGCAUGCGACCAUACAAUUCGAUUUAUCCAAUGUGUUGAAUCUGGAAAUUUACGGCCUCUACAAGAGUAAAAUGUGUGGACUCUGCAGCAAACCGUUGAAUGCAAUGCAAAAUUACACAUUAUGCAUGUAGCGUAGAAAGUUUCAUUACAUACAAACACAUAUGCGUACAUACAUUGUAUAUUAAAAUAUGCAUAAAAAUAUGUUAUGUAGAGUAGCAAGUUUAUUAAUACGAAUAAAAUUACAAAUUAAUGAGAAGUUUUAAUAAAAAAAAUUAAAA